AUGGGAUGUGCAUUUUCUAAAUCAAGAGGAAGAGCUAAUUCUACGGACUCACAAAAUUCACAAAACUCACGAAAUUCACGAAACUCACAAAACUCACAAUCAGAAUUUCGGUAUGUUGAUGGUAGAAGAUUUCAUAACAUAGAAAAUGCUGUUUACCAAUUACCAAACGAUGAUGAUGAAUCAGAUAGAUUACAUUUACAACAUUUUAUAAUGAGAUAUGUCUGGCAAAGCAAUUUCUCUGCUCCUAUCGAACAUAUUUUGCUUAAACCGAAUGUCAAGAUCCUUGAUAUCGGAUACCCAUUAGUAGAGGUUAUUGGGUUAGAUAUAUCUUCACACCAACCAACUCAGAUAAAACCUAAAAAUUUUGAAUUCGUUAAAGCAAAUGCACAAGAAGGAUUACCAUUUGACGAUAACACUUUUGAUUAUGUAUUUCAACGAUUUUUGGUUGUUGGAUAUGCUAAAGAGAAGUGGACAUAUGUGAUAAAUGAGAUUGUUAGAGUUUUAAAACCAGGCGGAUUCUUAGAAUUAUAUGAACCUUCUAAAAUGAUUGAUGGAGGACCAGCUACUCAACGUUUAUGGAAUGGUCAUGUUGAAAUGUUUGAAGAACGAGGCGGCGAUUGGGAUAUAUAUCUAAAAUUAGAGAAAUAUUUACAAAGCCAAGGGCAAGUGAAAAAUAUUAAAAAAGAGAUAAAAAAAUGCUAUUUUGGUGUAAAUCACAACAAUAUCGAACUUAGUAAAGCGCUUGUCAGUAAUAUGGUUGCUGGAUAUGUUUCUCUUAAACCCUUUUUAAAAACAAGAUUGCAAAUUUCUGACGAAGAAUAUGAUAAGUUGACCAAGAUAUCAGAAAAAGAACUACUUGAACUUGAUGCUUAUAUUAAUCAUCUUCGUAUUUAUGGAACCAAAGAUAUUGAUGAAUAA